CACUGGCAGCUAGCCUAGCCGAGCUAACGUUGCUAAUCUGGUUUAUCGCCUCAGUUAAGCCCGCGGGACGAUAGUCGGGGCUACCAAAUUCACUGCUUUUCACUCCCUUUGAGCGUAAUAAUUAUCUGAGAACCAACGACCCUUCGUUUCCACCAUGGCAUCACUCGGGGAGCCCGUGCGACUGGAGAGAGAUAUCAACCGUGCAAUUGAACUGCUUGAUAAACUCCAGAGGACAGGGGAGGUGCCUCCUCAGAAGCUUCAGGCGCUGCAGAGGGUCUUGCAGAGUGAAUUCUGUAAUGCUGUCAGAGAAGUUUAUGAGCAUGUGUAUGAAACUGUGGAUAUAACCAGCAGUCCUGAGGUCAGGGCCAACGCCACAGCUAAGGCUACAGUGGCAGCUUUUGCAGCAAGUGAAGGACACUCACAUCCACGAGUUGUGGAGCUGCCGAAGACAGAAGAAGGCCUGGGCUUCAAUAUAAUGGGUGGAAAGGAGCAGAACUCGCCUAUUUACAUCUCAAGGAUCAUCCCAGGAGGCAUCGCCGACCGCCAUGGAGGCCUGAAAAGAGGCGAUCAGCUUCUCUCUGUUAACGGGGUGAGUGUUGAAGGUGAACAUCAUGAGAAAGCUGUGGAACUCCUCAAAGCAGCUCAGGGCACAGUGAAGCUGGUAGUGAGGUACACCCCCAAAGUCCUUGAGGAAAUGGAAUCACGCUUUGAGAAAAUGAGGUCAGCGAAGCGCCGGCAACAGAACAACUAUCCUCAGUAGGAUUUUUUUUUUUUUUUUUUUUUUCUCUCCAUGUUGAUGCCCAGCUUCCAUGUCUCUCCUCCUCUAGCUUUCUGACCAUCUGUUCUGGUCUCUCCCUCUCAUCUCUUUGCCCUCCCAAUUAUAAAAGAUAUAAUUAAUUUUAUUUGUAGAUCUUCGUCAUACAUGAUGUAUUGUUCUCCACCUCUGUAGCAUUUUUGAUAUUUGCCAUUGUUACUGUACCAGACACUAAACUCUAGAUGAACACUACAAUGAUGACGAUUGUCAGUGAGAGUCACACCAUGUGCAUUAUUUCUGAAUUGACAAUUUGAAUGCAACUUUGAAUACUUUUGAGAAAAACUGUAUGACUCCUUUGACAGGAAAGGUAGUGUGUGAGUGUGUGUGUGGGGGGGGGUGGGGUAGUUAUUUUUUGUUAUUAAAUCACAGCCACUAUCAAGUGCCUCAGGGCAAACACAUUUAUCUUAUGUACUGUCAACUAAUCUUGUUUUUUCUUUUGGUUAUUUAAAGUUUAGUAUUGGUGAUUCAAUCUUUGUGACUGAAAAUACAACAUACUUUGAGUUUAUUAGUCUAAAACAAUUUUUAUUUGAUAUAAAACCCUUAAACUGCAGAAACUUCAAAAGAUGCAGUUUAAUUAUUAUUGCCUGUCUACAGGCAUGUCCAGAAUAGAGAAGUUUGGAGGACAUGACAACAUUUUAUAUCAGUUAAAAGAAGAUCAGAUGUUGAAUAACUGUAACCACUGUACGGUCACUUGAAAACAGAAAACAUGUAAAUUUGAAGGUUUUUCCUCUGGGCUA